GAAUACCGAUGCUAUUGUUACGUCAAUUCACUCAUAUAAAAGCUCCAUCAUGUUGAAUUCACUUGUAUUUUAUUUCAUAACACAGCUCUGCAAGUAAGAUUAUCGUGGAAUCGGUUUCUUUUACACAUUGGAUUUGAUUGGAUUUUUGUUUCCAAUUAAAAUGCUUAAUCGCGCCCCCACGGAAGGGCCGAUCAACGUUUUAUUUUUGGCCUAUAUUUUCUGUUUCAUAACUAUCGGUUAUACGAAACACAUUUCAGAAAAUGAGUUAAAUGAUUCUACUUUGAUGAAUGACAAGAUGCCGACUUUGACCCCUUUGAUAGAUAACCCUUUUCAGAACAAUCAACAUGUCACUCUGGAACAGACCGAUUUUCAAAACACAGUUGAGAGUUUGCAGGUUAAAGUUCCAGGUGAUGAUAUCUUCGAAGUGCAGGGAGAAAGGCAAAAAGCCAAAACUACAGAAAACAACUUAUAUACCAAUCACUUCGAUCAACUUGAAAAAAUUGACUGGAUUUUAUCGAUUGUUUUCUACGCCUUCAUCCUGAUAGCAUUUAUCUAUGAUGCAGUCCGGGUCUCCAAGGAGGCCAGAAGAAGAUCUAAUGCUGUAGCUGCUGCCACUUUGAAGAAAAAGCAGCCACCUCCGGUUGAGCCACAGUUAACUUCCUAUAAAUGUGAUCCUAUGUCUGACUUUCAAGAGAUCCCUCUGUCUGAAUCAAACAAAGAAGUAUCUAAGUUGCACAUUAGCUGCAUCCAGGACAAAGCAAACUUCUGCAGGGCAUCCAACACCAACACAACCAACAAGCCAGAUGCAGAGUCUCCGCUAACUGUGGUUUGCUACAACUGAGGGCUAUGUCUGAAAACCAUGUGACAUUUAAUGUAAGCCACAGAAAUCAUCAUGUUGAGACCUCCACCUUUGAUGAUUGCCACUACUUAUCUCGUCACUUUGCCCCAUAAUGGUUUGAGUAAUAAAUAUGUAUUGCAUUCAA